AUGACAGCUUUACCUAUACAAAGUGUCCGGAAGCAGUGCCGAGCCUCUUCCAACAGGGAAGGGUCUCCAUCUGCACCCGAGUCCUCCUUGACCUGGUGCCUGGCCCACCUGAGCAAACCGCCACCUGAUUCAGAAGUAGAACUGGUCAAGAGGUCUCGAUUCGCCCAGUGGCGCGCACUGGUCGCCAUCCGAACGCAGCACAUUAAAGGCGACAAGGCCGGCAUCACCCGCUUCCGGACUCAAGGGGGUCUGCGGCCCUUGCUGGACCUGCUCGGCCACCCGGGCUGCUCUAGGAAGACUCUGGACUUGACCCUCAGCAUCCUGGCCAACUGCUGUACUGAACAGGAGACGCGCAUCGCGGUCCGCAAGCUUGAUGGAAUCAAGAUUGUUGUGGAUGUGAUGAAGAGGAAUGUGGCCCAUGAAACCAUCCAGAACCGAGCUGCGCGGGCUUUGGGGAAUCUCGCCAUGGACUCGGAGAACUCUGCGCUGAUCCACUCGGCCGGCGGUGUUCCUCUACUCCUCCUGUGCAUGUCACUGCCAUCCACACCGUCCUCACCCACCUCAACGCCGCCAAUAGAUGCCUGCCCCAAGCUGGAGUGCGCCCAGUCGGCCUCGCGGGCCCUCCUCUACCUGUCGGACGCGCCGGCCAACCGCCUAUCUCUGCUCACCCAAGGCGCCCUGUCCGCCGUCGCUCCCUUCGUCGCCACGGAGUUCCCACAAGGAUUGCGGCGGGCGGCCCUGAAGACUCUCCACGAGCUCACCCGAAGCUGUGGCCCCGAAUGCGCCCGGGAGGCGUCCCGCUCGGGGGUCUUGGCCCAGCUGGGCAUCAUGGCCUCGGGAGAGGCCGGGAAGCCGUUCGAAGAGCUGGCGCUGAAGACCCUCGCCAACUUGUGCUCACAGGGAUGCCUGCGCCCCUUGGUGGGCUCCCUCGGGGUGAUCCCCAAGUUCACGGCGGAGGCCAAAAAAGACCCCCACAAAUCGGGGGUCUUCUUCAGGGCGCUGUGUCUGUGCUGCAAGGAGGCGGUCAACCGCGCAAAGGUGAAGGAGAGCGGCGGGCUGGAGGUUCUGGUGGGCUUUCUAGCAGCGCACCCAAGUCACCCCCUGGCGCGGCUUGCCAUCCUGGCGUGCGUGGACUUUGUCUUCGACGAGUCGGCCGUGGAGCAGCUGCAGGACUUGGGGCUGGUGCCCCUGCUGGUGGCUCGGUUGGAGGCGCUCACCGUCGGCGACAAGACUGAGGCGGAGGCUGGCGGGGGCGCUUCUUCGGCAUCCGCUCAAAGCGAGUCGCUGUCGCCGUCCUGCUUGGACUCCUUUGACUUUGCACCUUUCGAGGACUGCAAGAAGGAUGAGGGUGGAAAAGAACAAGGAUCCUCCAGCUUCCUUAGACUCAGGUCAUGGCUGCUCUCCGAGGGUAUGAUCUCCAGUGAAGAGGACUUACUGGAUUCCUCCAACAGCGCCGACGGGGACUGGGCGUCGUCCCCUGCUCAAAGCUCACCCAAACCAGACUGCCUCACUCCGUUAAAACCGCGCUCUCCUCUCAACGCCGCUACCUCAAAGAAAGAAGCUCUCAGUUCCUCGCCGUCGCCAUGGAAAGCGGCGUCCCCGACCUCCAAGUUCUCGUCACCACACAGGAGGCGGCAACGGACACCAGGGGCAAUUUCCUCGUCGGCCGAGCUCACCGUCGACGCGCCUCCGUUGGCGCCGCGGCCAUUCGCUUACCGGCAUCCGUACCACCCUGAACCCUGGACGCCCGAGUCGCCCGUCCUGCUGCUGCUGUCGCGCUUCUCCCACGCUGCGGAACCCAGCCCCGCCCUGCUCACUUCAGGUACCGUGUCGGGACUGCUACGCUAUCUGGGCCAGCACCGGGACCCCAGCGGGCGCUGCUUCCGCCUGCUAUGCCGGCUCAGCUGCAACCCAGGCUGCCUCCGGGCGCUGGUCCGCACCGGUGCCGUGGCCCUCAUUCACCACAAACUCUGCCAGAGCGACGACGGGGUCGGGCGGCAACAAGAUCGAGUCAGAACCAAGGUCAAACAGCUCGGUGUGACUCUCCUCAACAAUCUACACAUCCAGUGCGAGUCGUCGUUCGGCGCGGGGAUCGUAACGCACGUCAUGCUUUCGGGCUCUGAGGCGGACCGAGUCAACUGCGCGCUCUCCCUGCCUUUGAUCAGCAGCAACAAACUUCUGUUGCGGAAACUCCUCAUAGAAUCAGGCAGCUUUCUCUUGGCCCUGCAGCCGCUGAGUUGCCGCGACGAUGCAGACUCCCACACUCCGGAAUGUAAACGUCUGCUUUCCGCCUGGCCCGACUCCGCGGACCACUCGCUCUACUUCUGCCUCCUGAUGGGCUGCUUGUCCCCGCUUGUGUCGAGCAUCAAGCCCGACCUCGGACGCGCGAUUCAACUUGGAGGCGCUGACCGAGCUGCCCCGCCUCCAUGUAAAAAGCCCCGCCACGCCGACAUCUGCCCGUACGCCACGUCCGACUUUGACCUCCUGCUGCUCCUGGACGACGGGGUGGAGAUCCCCGCCAACAGAGACGCUUUGGCCGGGACAGGCUCGGAGUACUUCCGGGCUUUGCUGAACGGCGCUUUCGGCGAGGCGAAUUCCGAAGGAGCCAUCCGGAUUAAAGAUGUGACUGAAGGCAUGUUGGUGCCUGUGCUUCACUACCUCCACGGAUGCCGGCUGGUGGCGCCCAACCAGACAGAAAAAUGCCAGUUUUUGGACUCUCUUGGCUUCGUAUCCUGCCGGUCGGAGGAGCCCAGCUUCCAAGAUUCUCCGUUAGGCGCCACCAUGACUGGAGCGUGCAGAUUCCUUGCCACGGAACUUAAAGUAGAGCUGGAGGAGCGCUGUGUGGCUCGACUGCUUUCCGAAACCAUCGUAACGACGCCCAAAAUGGAUCGCGUGACAGCGCCCCCUGCGGGAGGUGACCGGGAUACCGUAGAAGAACACCUUGCUAGCAGGACGUCCGAGCUGGAUCUGACCUGCGUACAACCUCAACUGGAGACUUUGUUAGAGAAAAAUGUGGAAACCAGCACUUUCACUCACAAAAAAGAGAAAGCAGAUACUAUUUACAAAGUUAAAAGUUUUAAGUCCCUCCCGGAAAACGAGAAAUCAGUGUUGAAAAGCUCGGCUCAGCUCCUCAAAGAAGCACUACCGGAGGAAGAAGCGGAAGGAGGCGCGGGAGGGGCGGUCGCCGUCCUCUUGCCGCAGAUGUACGGCUUCGCGCAGCGCUACAGCUACCCGGCGCUGCGUCGGGCCUGCCUGGCUCUGUUGCUAGGAGGGCGGGACGCAGGGCGGCGCUCGCCCUUUUCGCCCCGCGAGGCCGCCCAAUGUCUGCGAGAGGUGGCGGGGCAAGCAGACUGCGUCGACACGCUCAAGCAGGAUCUUCUAAGUCUGGUGGCAGAUGCUCUAAAUUGA